AUGCCUCCAUCAGCUUCCCCGCCGUCUCCUGCGUCCGACGAGCUGUCGCUCAGCUGCCUCAGCGCUCUACUAUCGUCGCUAUGGACGUCAGCAUGCGAGGCUCGGCAGAACAUAACCCGGCAGCGGUUACUCUUCUUCCUCAAGCAACAUGUGCCCAUCUUGGAAUGGUUACCCUCGUACGAUAUCCGUGAAGACUUGCAGUUCGACUUGGUGUCAGGGAUUACAGUCGGCCUCAUGCUGGUACCCCAGGAAGUAUCCCUGAGUGCCAUUAUGGGGGUACCUCCCAUCUACGGACUCUAUACAGCAGCCGUUGUACCCAUGAUUUACCCAUUAUUUGGUACAUCCAGGGUACUCUCCGUCGCCAAUGGAGCGGAAGUGAGUCUACUCGUGGGCUCUGCUAUCAAGAAGGUGGAGAGUGAAGAAGAGAGGAUCGCUACCGGUAUUUUACUGAGCUUCUUGAGUGGCGUGGUGCUGCUCUUUAUGGGCAUGUUCCGUCUAGGAGUUAUUGCAGAUUUCUUCUCCAGACCAGUCAUGGGCGGCUUUAUCUCGGCUGGAGGAGUGCUCAUUAUGCUGUCCCAAGUCGCAAGUUGGUGGGGACUGGAAGUCAAGAGCAGAGAUUUACCGGUAUUGACGGUAUGGGAUUUGUUUCAACAUUUCCCAGAUCUCAAUGGACUGAGUUUUGUAGUGGGAGCAUUCUCGAUCAUGGUGUUAGUGGGGAUGCACGAGUUAAAGAGACGAGUGGUCAAAGAACUGGCGAGAGUCGAAGAAGAGUUUGAAGAUCAGUUCGCCAUUGAGACGUCCCGAGCUUUGAAUCAGCUGUCCAUGAGCAUGAGCUCAGCUAGUGGGGAUAACGGCGAUAUGGACGAGGAUGAAGAGGACAGUCAAGAUGCCAAGGACGACCGACGAACUGCGACUUACGAGGGUGAUAUUGAGCUAGGAGACGUCCCGAAGCCCAAGAAGCGGCAACCACGGAAGAAUGACGACGAAAUGGGUGUAGACAAUGUGUCGGUCUCGCCACGUGGCUCGAGGUGGGCAGAUUUACCGGCGGUGUUUACGACAGGAUCUCUACGACGUCGUGACUACGUGUUGUCUUCUCCUUGGGGCUCCUCACGUAACAGUCGGGACCUUGGCUCGAAUGAUUUGGACUUGGCUCGGUCAUGUCGUCAGAGAGAUUUAGCUGCAAUUACCCGUAGCAACCGUCAUGGACGUCUGGACGACGAAGGUGUGGGCUUUUCUCUUUCGGAUGAAGACUACAUUACGAUCGAGAGGCCUCUAGAUUUUGGUACACGACCUGAUGGCGCUUCUGGAAUGCCACGUUCGAGUUCUGAUGAAACUUCAGCUCGUCCGCUGCCUCGAAUGCACCCAACGCAACCAAAAGUGGAGAGACCUCGACGCACCGACGACAAUGAUGAUGACGCAGAGGCUAAAGCUGAGGCUGAAAUGAAGCGGCGUGUGAAGGAACUUGCAUCUCCUGCGAAAUCUGAGACUGGAUCGGAAUCGGACUCAACAACUGCAUUAACUGGUCGCAUGUUGGCGGCAUCGUCGACGUCGAUUCGUAUAUUACGCUCCAAGAUGGCUGUUCUAAUCGCACUCCGGUUAGUGUGCGAUCUUGGCGCGUUUAUGGUGUGUUUACUUGGCGGAAUUGUGGGCUACUUGGCACCAGAAGGGUCCCUCAACCUAGCUGGAGACGUUCCUGGUGGAUACCCAGCACCCAAGAGACCGUGGUAUGGAUUCAGCGAGAACAUUAUCGAGGCCGAUCGACUGUAUCAUCUCUUCAUUGAUACGCUCUCAAUCGCUAUCAUCUCGUACAUGUGCAGUGUCGCUAUGGCCAAGCGUCUGGCUAUCAAGGAAGGCUAUCGCAUCCGACCAAACCAGGAGCUCAUUGCGCUCGGAUUCUCCAACCUUGUAGGCUCGUUCUUCCAGGGAAUGCCGUCCACUGGCGGACUCUCGCGUACGGCCGUUAACAUGCAAAAUGCGCGAACGCAACUCGCGAGUGUCAUCACUGUACUCGUCGUGGUGCUCGUGCUGUACACGGCCACGUCAGCGUUGGCUUAUCUGCCGAAGGCCAGUCUAGCGUCCAUCAUUAUCGUCGCGGGAUACUCACUCAUUGAACUGAAGGAAGCCAAGUGGCUGUAUCGAGUCAAGCGAGACGAAUUCUACGUCUGGCUGGCGUCGUUCGUGCUCUCGUGCGUACUCGGCGUGCUUCCUGGUCUUCUGUCCUCCAUUUUCUGCUCUCUGAUCGCUGUGAUCUACAAGACUCGUCGCCCUACUGUAUCCAUGUUGGGCGAGGUGACGGACGAGGAGACUGGAGAGAAUCGAAUCGUGGAGCUCGACAUGUAUCCGGACACUGCUCGUCGUUUAUCGGAUGUUGUGGCGAUUCGUGUGGAAGGCGCCUUGUACUUUGCCAACUGCGAGUACAUUGAGCGUGUGGUGGAGCGGGAGGUUAGAAAGCGGCAUGAAACGGAGGGUGUGGCUGUGCGUGGUGUGGUGAUUGACGCAGCUUCUAUCAUGGACUGGGACUCGACAACAAUUCAGAUGAUGAAACAUUUGAAGGCUGAACUGCGAGGACAAGGCAUCAUGCUGGCUAUUGUGAACGCGCGAGAUCGACUUCAGCACUUGCUGGGGACAUCCGAGUUCCUCGUGGGUAUUGUGCACAAUGACGCUCGUAUUGGCUUUACGGAGGCCAUUAAGGCUAUCCGCGAGGAAGACAUGCCACCGGAUGAGAGUCAGGCAUUAACUCGGUCUUCAAGAGUGCACAGCAUUUAGCAGAUCGAGAUGUGUGAUGGAUGACCUAGCAGCCUAGAACUGACAAUUUGUCGCUGUAAUAAUGAAAUCUAUGCUGGUCGUUAAGG